AUGGGUGGGGGCCACUCGAAACUCGCACCCCCAACGCAUGCCCCUGUCCCCUCCCCCAUAGUGUCCCACUUCGCCGAAGCCGGCGGUAGCGCAGGCGGCAGUGAGCCCUUAGAUGGACGUUCUUUGUGUGGAGACAUACCACCGUACAAGUACAUUCGUGCAUGGUAUAAAAGUAUGCCAGCUGUGUGUGAGCUCGCGCCGGUGCCAGUGGCAGACAUUGUCUCGGACGGAGAAGCCGAGGCCUUUGUGUGGGACAUGUCCGUUGGUGGGUUCGAAGAGUUGGCCAAUGGUCAAGGCGAAAAGGUCCACUACGUCUCCGCAUUGACGCUGCACACGCCGAAAGCUGACGAUGAACAUCGCGCAAACAAGGUUAAGCGUAAAGGGGGCUGCUCUUGUAUCCGCUCGUGGUGA